AAGUCAAGAGAAAUCUGGCGAAAAAAAGUGUUUCUGAAGAAGAAAAACGAGCAAGCACGAGCAAAAAGUUUAUUUAAUGAUGACGGACGGCGGGUGUAUGACUCCACAAAGUGAACAGGAAAAGGUAUUCCAAUGGAUCAAUGAAUUAGCCCAUCCCGAAACCCGCGAAGCUGCUCUGCUGGAAUUGAGCAAAAAACGUGAAACAGUUACAGAUUUAGCACCAAUGCUAUGGCAUAGUUUUGGUACAAUAGCUGCCCUCCUACAAGAAAUUAUCAACAUUUAUCCCUCAAUAAAUCCUGCCACAUUAACUGCUCAUCAAUCGAAUCGGGUGUGUAAUGCCUUGGCACUGUUGCAAUGUGUUGCCUCACAUCCGGAUACGCGUACCGUAUUUUUGCAAGCACAAAUUCCCCUGUUCCUAUAUCCGUUUUUGCAGACGACAUCAAAGACGCGACCAUUCGAAUAUUUGCGUUUAACAAGUUUGGGUGUUAUUGGGGCGCUUGUUAAGACUGAUGAACAAGAAGUGAUAACCUUCCUCUUAACUUCGGAAAUCAUUCCCCUAUGCCUACGCAUUAUGGAAUUUGGCUCAGAGCUAAGCAAAACUGUGGCAACAUUUAUUCUACAGAAGAUACUGCUCGACGAAAGUGGUCUAUCGUAUGUCUGUCAGACAUAUGAACGAUUUUCACAUGUAGCUAUUAUUUUGGGUAAAAUGGUGAUACAAUUGGCAAAGGAGCCAUCGGCACGUUUGCUUAAACAUGUUGUUCGUUGUUAUUUAAGAUUAUCCGACAAUCCAAGAGCACGAGAGGCUUUACGACAAUGUCUUCCAGAUCAAUUACGUGAUGCCACAUUUUCCGUUUGUCUGCAAGACGAUAAGUCAACCAAACACUGGUUGCAAUUGUUAAUCAAAAAUUUGGAAUUGGGUGCCGUACCACCAACAGAUCCCCGUCAAAUUGGUAUGUCACCAUUGACCUCAUAAAUUAAGUUAAUAUUAUAGCAACAACAAAAA